AUGUCCAAUUCUCAGAGCAUAUCCGAUGAGCAGUUGGCAUUGAUUCAUGCCAAUAAACAAAAUGCUUUAAAGCGACUAAGAAGUCAACAAAACAAUCAGUUGAAUGGAUCGAUUCCUGUAUCUACUCACACCAGGUCUGGUGAGCUUGCACCAUCCAGCGCAUUGCCAGCUCACACUAGAAAAAAGAAGGCUCUUGACCUGACAUAUUGCGAGUUCAAUUUGGGCACUCUGAAGGAUACUAAAGGAGGGUUUUUACCCGAACCUCCAGUACCAUCAGCAGACAAUGAGUUGAUGGGAGGUUCAAGCAAAAGCAAUACACUGAACGAGACACCAACAAGCAUAUAUGAUCACCAGAUUCAUCCAGAUCCAAAAGAGAACCCACAGUGCAGCAAAUGUAAAUCAAUUGAUAUAGAUUACAACUAUGAAAAGCAUUUCAAAGAGCUUGUGUGCCGCAAAUGCCGUGAUGCCUAUCCAGAUGAAUAUAGCCUGCUUACCAAAACAGAAUGUCGAGAGGACUAUUUACUUACAGAAAGUGAACUGCGAGAUUCGGAAAAGUUACCGAAUUGGAUCAAAGCAAAUCCGCAUAAAUCGACCUAUAGUAACAUGUUGUUGUAUCUACGAAAGCAAGUUGAAGCAUUUGCAUGGAGCAAAUGGGGAUCACCCGAAGCAUUGGAUGCAGAGUUUGUACGCAGGGAUGCAGCAAAGCAAGUGCAAAAAGAUAAAAAGUUUAAAAAGAAGCUAGCAGGCAAGUGA